AUGCUUUCCCAGCCAGCCAAACAGAUGUGUCCUUUGAUCCCCGUUUGGACCACCCCUUGUUGAUUCGUCCCACCCGACGCAGUUCGGGUUCGAGUACUUGUACUCGAUCCCAACAGCAAAACUGAUCCCCUCUGUAAAAAGUUAUCCCGGAUAGAUGGCAUCAAAGUGUGCCACUCCUUGAAAUUUUCAGUCAGGCCAAACAGCCUACUUAGUACAUCACUUUCGAGAUGGCAUCAGUCGACCCCAAGACCAAGACUACCUACGCCACGACCGACUGGAACCACUAUCAGCAGGGUCGCCCACCCUACCCCCCAUCCCUCACCGAGCUCAUACUCAGCUACCACCGUCGCCAUCAGCAGGGCAACGGUAUCCCAGAUUCGGGAUGGAACCGCAUGGUCGACAUCGGCGCCGGUUCCGGCGUUGCCUCGACUAACUUCAUGCCCUUCUUCAAAACCAUCCACAUCUCAGACCCUAGCCCUUCCAAUCUCGAUCAAGCCCGCUCUUUUUUAAACGACUACGCUGGGCGCCACAACCUCGACCCAGUCCUCGAAUACUCGCAAUCCACUGGCGAGGAAGCCCACGCCCACCUCAUCCCCAACAGCCAAUACGCCGACCUCGCCAUCUGCGCCACGGCCGCACACUUCAUUGACCCGGACGGCCUCGCCUCGUCUAUUGCCAAGCUGCUCCGCCCCGGCGGCACGCUCGCCGUCUUCAGCUAUUGGAUGCCCUCCUUCCCGGAGCAGUCUCGGCGCUUCUCCGACGCCUUCGCCAACGCCUUCGACAAGGUCGUCCUGCACGCCCUCGUGGCAAAGGAGGCAGGGAAGGGAGCCGACGCGAGUCGCGCCACGCAGCUUGCCAAGGUUGUGCGGCGCCGCAUGACGGGCAAGGGAGUGCUGGAUUCGCUGCCGGUGCCCAAGGAGUGGUUUGAUGACCCGGUACGCGUGUACAUCAACGCGGGUCCUCCUGGUGGGGAGAUGGAGAUAGCGUUGAGCGAUUUGUACCGCAAGUUCGCCCGCCCGGGUGAGCAGGUUGGAGGCAUUUCGCGCGUGGGCGAGAGGGAUCGUGUUGUCAGGUAUGAAACGGGGACUCAUCCAGAGGCGGACGGGUGGGAAUUCGAGGUUGAUAAGAAGUGGCUUUCCAACUUUUUCGACACGAUCCGUCCGCCUGGGGUGGAGUCCGAGGAGGCGCGGGAGGCGUACGCGAAUUGGGAGAGAGUGUUUAAAGAGGAGUGUCCCGGCGGGAAAGUGAGGAUCAAUUGGCCCGCGUAUCUUGUACUUGCUAGCCGGAAGUGAGUAAGAGGACUGGAU